AUGGCUGCUCUAAAAAAGCUUGACGUCCCUGAGGACUCCCCCCUCAAGAAUGCCGACGUCCUCCCCCUGUCAUUCCCCCCUACUCCAAGCCAAUCUGAAGACGAUUCUCAGUUUGAGGAGGAAGCUUUGGUGAGGAAAUCAAAAGAUGCUGGUGGGGCCAAGUCCCCUACUCUAAAUAAGCAAGUCCUAGACUUGACUGGGGAUGAGGAAGGUGACGUCUCCAAAGACGCUCCUCCUGAGAAGGUGGGAAUUAGGAGGAAAAUACAUGAGAACCCAGAACUUGGUUUUGAGGAAUUUGAGACGAGUGAGCUUAUCAGAGCUGAGCUUGACAAAAUGGGCAUCCAUUAUAAGCACCCGGUGGCUAUCACCGGUGUUGUCGGCUUCGUCGGAACCGGAAAACCGCCAUUUGUUGCCUUAAGAGCAGACAUGGAUGCUCUGGCCAUGCAGGCCAGUAAUAAUGAGCUUGAAUAUGAGACAUUGAUAGCAGGUCUUCGCCUAGCCCGGGAUAUUGGUGUCAGCCACAUCUGGGUGUUCAGCGACUCCCUGCUCAUUGUCGAACAAAUUACGAGGGAAUUCGAUGCCAAGAAGGACACAAUGCGGGCUUACAGGGACAUAACACUCCCCCUUGUUCUCCUCUUCAAUACCUUUAACAUCAAGCACAUCUCUCGGGCGAAAAACUCUAAGGCGGACGAGAUGGCUCAGUUAGCUUCUGCAGACCAGUCUGAUCUCAGCCAUGGUGUCCGCCUCGACUACCUAGCCCACCCUGCCAUUUCCCUCAACCAGCAAGAAGUCUAG